AUGUUUCCCAAAGAAGGCACCGAUAUCUCUGCAGCCGCCAACUUCAUCAAGUCAACUGUCGAGAAUCAUGACCUCCACCCUCGGGCAGAUGUCGGUGAGCAGUUGAUAUCUUGGACAGUCGAAGCCUCGCCAAGUGAAGUCACCAAGUUGGAGGACUAUGGUGGCAUUGCUCGCAUUGUCAAGUUUGAGAUUCCUGCACAUCAAGAAAAACAGCGGCGAAGAAAGAGCAUUGUUAUAGAAGGCAUCUACAAAAUCUACCCCGUGGAUCGCGACAACCAGGAUCAGUGCAAGGCAAUUAGCGCGUCCCUCGAGGUCCUUCUCAGCGACAAGGUUAGGGAAAGGCACUGGAAUGACAGGAUUGAGAGCUGGACGGUCGAAUUGACUGAUGACCAGGUGAGGCAAGUCGAGGGGAUCGAUGGCGUUAAAUCCUUGGGUCGAGUUCAUAGAGAUAGCCGACGUCCCGUGGUCCGAAGACUUCCAAAACCAUCAACUUCUCCGAAUCUAUCGAGCCCUUGGAAAAGCCAGACACUGUCACGGGCGGUUAGAGGCAACUAG